AUCAUCCAGUGCAGCGCGCACCGCCACCGCCGUUGUCGCGACGGCUACCACCACCGCUGCCCAGCAAUAACCACCGGGAACGACGGAGAGUUUGGUGGUGGCUCACGCUGCAGUCACCCGAAGGCUUUGGGCCUCCCAUACUGCCAUCCGGCGCUCCGGUCCUCCGAUCCUUAAAGGCGUACGGUCCGAAGCGGCGUGCCAAAAAUGUCGGGAUUAGAAGAUCAGCAGAACGCGACGGAGGAAAAUGACACACCAGAAGAGACAAUAGAAGAAGCGAGAACAAGCAACGAGGCGACAAGUCCCUCGGAAGAAUCGAACAGUUCCGAUUUGUCAGAAAGUAUAUCCGCGAGAAACACGGAAGAAGAACGAGAAGAAAUCGACAAAAGAGAAGAACAAGAAGAAACUGACAGAAAAGAGCAGGAGGAAAUUGACGAGGAAGAAGAACGGAAGAAGACGCAAAACGACGAAACGUCAGAGUCAGAGCUGGCAACCGUCACAAAAAGCACGUCGUCAGGUGACGGCGUGAUAGCUCUGAGACAGACGGAACCGGACGAAUCGAGGGUAGAACCGAUAUCAUCGGCGACAGUCGUUGACAAUGGAAACGCGCAGCAUCAGCAGCAACAGCAGCAGCAGCAACGGCACAACAACGGUUCCAACGUAGCAGCAGUUGGUGAGUGGAAUUCAUUGCCGGUACUGGUAGAACGGCUACGCAAAGCGCUCGAGCUGUCUCUGGCGGUGAGCUAUCGGCGAGGCGAUGAGUCGACGACGACGCCGUCCGCGGAACCUGUCGUCGGCACUGACAAUGAGCGCGGCGGCGGCGGCGGCGGUGGUGAUCGGGUUUACGCGCGCUGUUGUUCCAUGGAACAGGCGUUGCUCGGCGGCGACGACUGCGAUUCCGAACUGAAGAAAAACGAACUCAAGUUCUUAGAGGAUCUGCUUCUGUCCGACAUCCAGACCGCGCUCUCUCGUCUGCGCGAGACGCUCGAGCGUACCAACGUCGAAACGCUCGCCAAAUACGGCGGUGCGUCGAAUCCCACGAGCAAGCUGCAGCUUCUGCGACUGGUGUCGAGUCUGCUGUCGCGGUUACAGGUGCCAGAGAAGAAAGCGGAAGGCAGCGAGAACAAAACUGGCACAGCGCGAAUCGGCGGCAUCAUGCCGUUCGAGCAGAAACGACGCGCCGUCAGGCACACCAUCGGCGUGUCCGCCGAAGAGAUAGCGCACGCGAGAAGACAAUUAGAGGAGAGCAACGCGAACUUGGCGAAGUUGAACGAUCAGAUGCAGUUGAUCCAGAAGCAGGAACCAUUGCCGUCUGCGCCGCCCUACGCGAUGAGCAGCAGCGAGAAGUACGUGGAAGAAGUUCACGAUAAGUAUACGAAGGACGCGAUCAAUCAGCGUCAGUCGUUACGCGACAAAAACAAGGAUUCUUACGGAGACACGUCAGUCUAUCGGCCGCUGAUUCCAACCCAGAUCGUGGACCAUCCGAUUGCGACGGAACCGGGUGACUCGAACGCGUGUCAAACUCGACGUCGAAGCAGCGUCGAUAGUUGUCAAGAAAACGCGAUCGACGACGAGCAAACUGCGAUGAGGAAGGCGAAGGAGGAGCAAAAUCGGGUGGCGAGUCUUGCAAAUGCGCUUCGGCAACGCGCAGACGCGGUCAGCGCGAACAGAUGCAACAACAACAACAACAACAACAACAAAUUCACAGCAAAGAAGUCGAAGAUCAAGCGCGCCAAUACUAUCGACAUACCGAGCUACCUGAAACUGCAGACCGAGAAUCUCGGUUACGAUGGAACCGGUUGCGUUUCCCUGCGACGUCCCAUCAACGUGAGCGACAAGAUCGUCUCGAAUCCGAGCCUCGUGAUACCCCCGUCGUUCCAACCGCGCACGGAGAACGACAAGAAGUUCCUCGCGCUGAUCAAUCGGAACAACGAGACGCAGACGUUCACCACCGCGCCCGCCUUCAUCAAGUCCUUUGGCUACACAAAGACCGCGGACGCGUCGUCGAUGAGCGAGAACUGGAACAGUCGAUUCUCUAACAUCAAAACCGCGUUCGACAAACCGAUGAUGAACGACGGAAACAAACCCACGUCUCCCAAUCCGCAUCCGGCAAAACGCCUUCCGGUUGCGCAAAUAUUCGAGAACCAGAAAGCGUCCGGUGACACGACGACAGUGCACAACGGUUUCAGGAACGUGCCAAAGCCGGACGUGGGCUUCAGGCAUGCGCCCUCGUCGCUGUUUCAGAAGAUCGAGAAAUCGCAGAAUCCGAAGUCACCGCCGAGCCAACAACGGCAGAGAAACAACGCGCCAUUCGGAAGUACCGUGCGCGAAAAGGCGAGAACCACAUUCGAGCGGGACAACAGCGGCGGCGGCGGCAUUCGGUCUCAACCUUUGUCCAAGUGCGAUGUAAACGAAAAUUCGCAAAAGUCCACUUUCUCUCGACCACCGUGGAUCGAACACGAUAGAAACGAGAGGAAACCGAUGAAGAUGGUCACGGAAAACGGCCGGCUCGAUUAUCGACAGUUCUGCAAGCAGUUCGCGCCUUUCAUCGCGAGCAAGAACGCGGUACCGGAAUCUAAGAGGUCGCCGCAGAACAUCCUAGAACAUUCAAAGGCGCGUGGUAAGAAUUUCGUCGCUCCAAGGGACAACAAACUCGACUUGAUGGACGGGAAGAUCUCGUUUAAAGUAACUCCCGAGAGAGACUCGCAGAUCCGACAACAGCAUCGCCUGGGUGACUUACGUCCCGAGAUCGAAGAAUUAAAUCGGGACAGGUUUUCAUGCGGGAAUAAAUCAAUCACCGUGGAUAACGAUAAGAAUUUGCUCAAAUCCGCGAUUGAUGUAACGUUCAAAAGCAACUCGUCCGUGGUAACUCAGAUCGGGGCAAAUAAUGUCAGUCCGCCGGAAGAGAUGCGCGUGUACCAGGCUGUUUCUUCGGUUUCGAGAAAUCCGUUGCGCGCUCAGAACAACGCGUCUGUUCAGACCAAUCGCGAGCCGGAAAUGGAACAAGGGACAGCGUUCCGAUACGAGCGCGCGAAUAAUAACAAUCCGACGUUAGAAUCGAUCUUUUAUCCUGAGAAUUCUGAACAAUUUGUUCUGGACUACAAUCAGAAUUAUCGUUCUCCGACCGAGAUCAUUUUGCGAAACGAAACUUCGCCCUCGGCGAACGUAAGCGUGCACAGUCCCAUUGGGAACGUUCCUGUUCAAGCUACUUCCGAUUACUCGUUGAAGAAAGGCGAGCAGAUCUUUCCACCGAUAAGUCCGCAAAAUUACUUGCCGCCUAAAUCGACGAUCGACACUCGACGGCUCGAGACCUAUCAGGAUCAUCCCCCAUACAUUGCGUUCGCGAAUCAGGAAGUUUCGUUUGAGAAUCACGUGUCGGACGAAAUCGGUCAAGAAAAUUACGAGCGCACGAGCGACGCUUUGCCGGAGGAACAGAAUAUUCAGAAUCAGGAUAUCAGCACGGACGUCGGCGUCGUGACACGUUACGCAUGCGCGAUCGCAACCGUCGCGUCGGCGGAAAAUGUUCUGCCAAAAACACGUAUCGAAGAAGACGACACGGAAUACAAAGCGUCGCUGUCGACCUCGCCGUCCUCGCAGCUUUGGUCGUGUCCCAAGUUGACGACUGAUAGCGAGGAGGUCACCACGACCGAGGACGAGAUACGCCGACACAAUAUACUGCAGCAAAAUUUGGUCUGCCGUUUGCAGAACGAGCGCGCGACGCUGAACGAUUAUCAUAAUACGAUUGUUUCCAAUCAGUCCGCCGGUUUCGGUCAGAUCGAUCACACUUGCAAUCGAUCCGGUAUCGAUCAGGCUGUUAAAUAUGAAAAAUCGGCAAAUCGGAUGGAAGCUGGACCGAAACAAGCGGAACUGAAGAAGUUGGAGCCGCCGAUUGUCACCAAUUUGCUGGCACCACCGUCGUCCUCGGGAUUCGGAGCGAACCGAGUUAUCGCCCUCAGAGAACAAUACGAGCAACCCUCUGCCCUUAGUCAUUCAAAAUCUUCGCAAAAGGAGCGUUCGCCGAUUCCGACUGGCACGAGCGAUACAAUGGACUCAAGCGACAAAUAUUUGGUGUCCUGCGCCAGCAAACCGUUCAGAUCCAUCGUUCUGUCCAAGUCCGAGUCGUGGCAUCAGCUGGCACUCACGAAGAAACAGUCCGCCGUCUUGCCGCGUCCAUCGCACGGCGGUUUACUCCCGCAGUCGUCGUCGUUGUUGUCAUCGAUCACCGGUGGUGCGUCAUAUUCUCCGAAACCGCCCAAGCCGAAAUCAACGUUGUCGUCCUUCCGCCUGAAGAAGCAAUACGAGGCAUCUUCGUCCUUGGACAGCGUGAAAAAAAUGGAGGACAAGAUACGCCGUUACUUCGACACACCGGCGCCAUGCGAUCACGACACGAAAAACAGACGUUUUUCGUCGUGCAACCCGCCGGCCAAGGGUAUGCUCGGACUGUCCCGAAGUCGCACCAUGCCGGGAAUAUGCAAUGAGAGGCUGCGCUUGUCGAUUCCUGCGCCGACGUCGCCGCAGAUUCCGACAACGAAUCUCAACAGCGCCGAAGUGGAUCGCGUGUUCGAGGACAUCUUCGAAGAAGCUACGAGAGCCGACAGUCACUAAAACAAAUCGAUCGGCUAGGUUUCGUGUUUUCGUUAGUGUUGUGUGUUGAGCACCGGUGCGAUUCCGAACGACUGGUUGCAAUAAAAUAAAAGUAGACGUCGUCGUUCGGGACUUUUGAAAUUUAUUCUACGUACGAUUAUAUUAUAUUAACUGGUCCGCGUGCGCGCUCCGCAUCCGAAAAAAAUCGUGAUAAGAACGCUUCUAUAUACAUAAAACGAUCACAAAUAAUCAUUGUGCAACAAGUUAGUGGCGCAAAUUGCGAUCGUAAAUUUUUUCGACGUCGUGCAAUUACGCGUUUUGUUUUUCUGCCGUUCGACUUUUCUAAACUCAAGUUUCGCAAAAAAACAAAAAAAAA